UAAGAAAAUAACAAAAAAAAAGUAUGAGAAGUCCUAGUUACUUUUCGUUUGAUCAGAACCAGCCCUUACGCGCUCUUCUUCGUUUCCAUUUCAUAAUAAAUGCAGAAAACCAAACUACCCCCUUCCUUUCUGCUAUAUUCUUUAAUUCUUUCAUUGGAAAUAGAUUUAUUCUCUUGUCCCCAAAUAAAAAUCUGUCUUGUCAACUUUUUUGUUUAAUCUCUCACCCGCCCCUAAUAAAUAUGAAGAGGAAGACUGUGGUGUCAGUAGCCUCCUCCUCAUCCUCAUCUUCAUUUUCUACAGUGAGGAAGGUAGUGUCUACAGAACAGGAACGAGAUCGUCAAGAAGGUUUCAAUCAGAGGAAGCGCAAAUUUCAUGCAAUGAAUCAGCAUGUGCAACAACCGGAAUGGGAUCCUACCAAGGAUAAAUGGUCACACUUGCUGCUGGUCAACAAGGAGCCUUCUCAACAUGGGGUGCAAAUAAGCCAUCGGGUGCAAAUAAGCCACCUUUGAAGACAGUCAAAGGGUGGGAAAUGGUUGCGGAUCUAUUCAACGCUCAAAUGUUUCCUCCCGAUAUGCAACAACAUCACUUUAAAGCUACAGAUAUGAGCUGCAGACUUAUGUUUUUAAAAAAACAGUUUGAGAAGGUUAAAAUAAAGCCGGAGGGAUAUGGACCAGAAUUCUUGGACUCAUUGAAACAAUUGUUUAAAAAGCAUAAGCUGACUAUCCCUCAAAUUAUGCUAGAUCAUGGUGAUGAGAUGGAAAGACCCAGCUACAAAAGUCCUAAAAGAACCCCGUCUGGUUCUAGUGGGCGAUACAAACCGUAUCCCCGUGCGAACUCACCGUAUCCCGGUGUGAACUAUACUACUCCUUCCAGUGCUGCGACUACAUCGAAUGCCUGUCAUGCCUGUCAGCCUCGUAACAAAAUUCGUGAUGAAUGUUCGAAGAUAUUGGUUUCACAAGAGAUGAACUUUGAUAUCAUCCAUUCCAUUAUGGAGCGUAUUACUUCAGAAGAAAUGAAAAAGUUGAUAGAUUGUCCUGUUGAACACAAGACGUAUUUUGCCCAACAAUUGGAACAGAUUUAUGCAACUCCACAUUAAGGUAAUUUUAAGGCCCAGCCAUACAACUUCACAUUAAGCUGGUUUCAAGGAUGAUGAGGAUGAGGAUGAAGAUGUAGAAUUUGCUAGCAUGGUUCCGAGGAUAAUUUGUAACUGGCAGUAAUGCCGUAACUUCAUGCAACCUGUUUAAUGUUGGAUUUAUUUUGAGAUUUGUUUAAUGUUGGAUUUAUAAUUAUGUUGAAUUUUUUAACUAUAUUGUUA